CGGAUUAUCGUGAGUCCACUGUAUGACACAUAUAACAAAAGGCGAUUACUUCAUUUAUCAAUAUGACUGGUUAUAUUGACAAGGGCCUCCGGCGAGUCAAUACUAUAAAGUGUAGACCAGUAUUACGUGUCAUUGGGUGGCAGUCACCCCAGACGGACGGCCAGUUUGACUCUAGUUCAGGAGCUGUGAGGACAUAUAGCUAUACUACAGUAGUCACCCCAAACAGACGGCCAGUUUGACUCUAGUUCAGGAACUGUGAGGACAUAUAGUUAUACUACAGUGGUCACCCCAGACGGACGGCCAGUUUGACGCUAGUUCAGGAACUGUGAGGACAUAUAGUUAUACUACAGCCAGAUACCGGGACGUUCAUAUCAUCCUCGUUUGUUUCACGAAGAUCGUAGAACCGGAAUAUAACGUUAACACCUAUUGACUUAUAUAACAAUGUCCAAUUAGAAGGGGAGGACUUACAAGUACUGAGAUGUCACGUGGGAAGUCGGAUCGUCCAUCUUCUCAACGGAGUCAGGGGACAAAACAAAGGGAGAAAGGAUCCACCUGUGAUAUAUGUGGUAAAUGGUUUAAAAUGUCAUCUAACCUUACGGGUCACAUCAGAAUGCAUACUGGAGAGAAACCAUUCAAGUGUGAUAUCUGUGGUAAGGCAUUUAAAAGUUCAUCUAAUCUAAAACAACAUACAAGAUUACAUACUGGAGAGAAACCUUACGAGUGCAAUGUUUGUGGUAAGGGAUACAUAAGUUCAUCAAGCCUGAACGAACAUACAAAAACACAUUCCGAAAAAAAACCUUACAAAUGUGAUUUUUGUGGUAAGGAAUUCUAUACUUCAUCUCAACGCAAGCAACAUACCAGAAUACAUACCGGUGAGAUGCCAUACACGUGUGAUAUAUGUGGUAAGGGGUUGCUGACUCCAUCUAGACUAAAACAGCAUAUCAGAGCGCAUACUGGAGAGAGACCUUACAAGUGUGAUAUUUGUGGUAAGGAAUAUAUAAAUUCAGUUAUAUUGAAAGAACAUACUAGACAACAUACCGGAGAGAGACCUUACAAGUGUGAUAUUUGUGGUAAUAAAUUUAUAAAUUCACUUAAAUUGAAAGAACAUACUAGACAACAUACCGGAGAGAAGCCUUACAAGUGUGAUAUUUGUGGUAACGAAUUCAUUUCCUCAUCUGGCCUUAAACUGCAUCAGAGAAGACACGAGGGAGUGAAGCCGUUCCAGUGUGAUAUUUGUGGUAAAGAAUUUAUGACGUCAUAUAGCCUGAAGGUACAUACCAGAACGCAUACCGGAGAGAAACCUCAUCGUUGCGAUACUUGUGGUAAGACAUUCAUUACCUCAUCUCUAGUCAAACGACAUAAACUCACACAUACCGGAGAGAAGCCUUACACGUGCGAUAUUUGUGGUAAGGGAUUCAGUCUAAUGGAUCGCGUUAAGGAGCAUGUCAAAAUCCACACUGGAGAGAAGCAUUACAAGUGUGAAAUUUGUGGUAAGGGAUUUAUAAGUUCAUCUUACCUAAAGAAACAUACCAGAACACAUACUGGAGAGAAGCCUUACACAUGUGAUAUUUGUGGUAAGGGAUUCAGUAAGAUAUCUAGCGUUAAGGAACAUGCCAAAAAUCACACUCGCGAAGGCAUUUACAAGUGUGACAUUUGUGGUAACGGAUUCAAAAAAUCAUCUACCCUCAAGGCACAUAUCAGAACACACACAGGCGAGAAGCAUAACAAGAGUGACAUAAUUGAUAAGGGAGUCUGUACCUCAUUACAACACAAACCACAUAAAAUGUCACAUACCAGGAAGAAGCCUUACAUGUGUGAUUUUUGUGGGAACAGAUUCAGUAAGUCAUCUUUCCUAAAGCAACAUAUCAGAACACAUACUGGAGAGAAGCCUUAUAAGUGUGAUUUAUGUGGCAAAGGAUUCAGUCAAUCAGCUAACCUAAAAAGACAUAAACUAACCCAUAAUACAGAAGAUAGGACUGAUUCAUGUUAUAAUCAGGGGGGAUCAGGGUGUCAGCCCCCUCUUCCACUUGUGUCAUCCAGCAUCGAUAACUCCAUAAAACAAACCGUUAGCUCUUCUGAAAACUGGAAAUAAGUGAGUCUACAUGUGUUCACAAAAUGCCAGUGUUUGUGGGAUAGGUCUAAUUGGUGCCAAUGCUGGUGAAAACGAGACAACUGAUGUUUGCAAAGAUAGAACUGUGAAGAAAUCUGCAUGUGAUAAUAAGGUCGAUGCUAUAUAUCCCGGAAUGAAGGUGAUUAAGAGUGAGAAGGGUGUACCAGUGAUUUUGUACAGCAUGGAGAACAUGUUACAACAUUACUUUGAGAAACAAGACAGAAGCUGAAAAAGCUAAUAUAAACAAUCUGUACGCAUUAAUAUCGUAAAAUUACAUAUACUGUUCAAUGAAUUUAAACAUAAAUGUAAAAUAUCGUCUAUCGACGUUCGUUUCUAUAUGCCAAUUUUGAUACUUCAAGCACUGAAGAGUUCCAAUAUCGAAGAAUGAACAUUAAAACUCGCUUUACAAAUCGUCCUAGAGCACCCGACAACCCAAAAUUAAUACUAAUGAAACAGAUAAGAGCGAGAAAGUAUUUGUACGCAAAGUGCUAUAAAUUCCUACGAAAAUGACAGACAUCAUCAAAAUUAUUAAAAACGUUGUUAAUUAAUUGGCACUUCGCCAAUCAAUACCGGUUUAUAACGCCGUUAUGCAUCUGUACGUGAAUGAAUUAAAUAAUGUACAACACUU